AUGGAUUGGUUGUAUCUCACACUUUGCAUCUUAAACGCGAACUUGUCUUACACCGCAACAAUUUUGAACAUUGUAACAAUCUACGCGAUCGUGAAAACUUCGUCCUUGUCAAAAAAUUUUAAAACAUUGCUCCUGAGUCUGGCUGUUUCUGAUCUUGGUGUUGGUUUACUAGCUCAGCCAAUGUUUGCUGCACAUAUUAUGGACUCAAAACAAAACAAUGAAACCUUGAAUAAACCUUAUAAUGCCUUAUAUAUAGCAUUUGGUACCUCGACUCAUAUCUUCAUUUCUGCGUCACUGUUUAGUGUCACGGCUCUCUGUGCAGACAGAUAUUUGGCAAUUUACCUUCACCUCAGAUAUCAGGAACUUGUGACACACAAGCGUGUUACUAUUGCCGUGACCUCAAUUUGGGUAUUCAGCGCGCUUACUUCAUUGCUCAGCUUUUGGAUUUCAACGAAUAUCAUGUUCGCAUAUUAUGCAAUCAGAAAUUUUUCUUGUAUUAUAACUGCAACUUCCCUAAGCGUCAAACUUAAACAAACUCUAAGACACCACAUAACCCAAAUUCAAAUCCCGCAAGAAGCGCAAAAUCACCUAGUCGAAAGUGUUCAAAGAAACAGGAAAUCUGCGAUGGCAUCGCUUUACGUGUAUCUGGUUUUCAUAGUUUGCUAUUUACCUAGUAUUUGUGUGUUAAUAACUAUCGCUACCAUUUCCGAACCGAGGAACAAUCUACAGCAUUUGAAUUUUUAUACUCUAACCCUGAUGUUUCUUAAUUCGACCCUUAACCCACUGAUCUACUGUUGGAAGCUGAAACAGAUACGAAAGACUGUCACAGGCAAACUACGAGAUGUAUUUUCAAGACACACCUAA